CCAGCCAUUGCGCAUAGUAGGGGAUUGACCAAUGUUGAUAAAUACAUCAAGGAACCGUCGCCCUCGAAAUGAAUGUUGUUCCCGUGAUCUCUUAAGCCCUCUUGAUCCCCUCAUCCGUCGAAAGUCGCCACCAAGGAUUCCUGUCGAUCUUGUUGGAGUGGAGCCGGACCACAGGUUCGAAGCACUCGAGAAGCCCUGUUACCUACUUAGGUAGCUAGACAUCGGAUCUCUCGUCCACAGGAAAUAAUUAUCAUGCCGUCCCAAGCGGAAGACAAGCCCUUUGGGGAUCUCGCGCCCUGGGCCGAGCCAGCAUGGUAUCACGGCAUCCCAUCGCCAUACUACAACGACUCCCACAAGAAACUCCGCAACGCCAUCCGCGAGUACAUCGAUCAGAACAUCCUCCCAGACGCAUUGGAAUGGGAAGAGGCCGGCGAAGCGCCUCGUGAUCAGGCAUUCAAGUGGGCGAAAUCCGGCUUCGCCUUCGCAGACGUGCCUGCAAAGUACAAGCCUGAUGGUAUCCCGGAUCCGGCCGGUAUCUCCGUCGACAAGCUCGAUGCCUUCCAUCUUCUAGUGCAGACGGACGAGACAGCACGGGUGGAAGGCGCGUGUCUGAUCAGUUUGGCAGGAGCGUCCGUCAUUGGAAUUCCGCCUGUCAUUCAUCACGGCACGGAGGAACAGAGGCAGAAAUGGCUGCCGGGAUUGUUCAACUGGGAGACGAGUUUCUGCUUGGGCAUCACAGAGCCUACAGGCGGUUCCGACGUGGCGAACAUUCAGACUAUAGCCGAGAAGACUCCCGAUGGCAAAUUCUAUAUUGUCAACGGCUACAAAAAAUGGAUCACUGGUGCACCUUGGGCUACGCACAUGACGACCGCCGUCCGGACGGGCGGACCCGGGGCAACAGGUAUAUCGGUAGUGGUGAUUCCCAUGAAUUCACCCGGUCUCUCCAUGCGCCGCAUCCCCAACAGUGGUCAGAAGGCUGGCGGUGCUUCCUUGAUCGAGCUCGACAACGUGCGAGUGCCGGUGGAAAACCUCCUCGGGAAAGAGAACCAAGGCUUCCGCGUCGUCAUGGUCAACUUCAACCGCGAACGAUAUAUCAUGAGUGUCCAGUGCAACCGCAAGGCGCGAACGUGUCUUUCGGUUGCACUUGCGUACGCCCACAAACGUGAGACCUUCGGCAAACCUUUGAUUUCGAAUCAAAUCAUUGCUGCCAAAUUCACCACGCUUGCUCGGUAUAUCGAGAGCCAUUGGGCAUACCUUGAACAGAUAGCUUAUGCCGUGCAGCAGUCGUCAAAGGGCUGGCAGGACCCCGACGUGGCUGGUCGUAUCGCUCUAGCGAAGGUGCAGGGUGGACGUAUACAGGAGCUGGCGAACCGAGAGGCGCAGCAGGUGCUAGGAGGAGCUGGAUACCAGAAGGGAGGCCCUGGUGCGACUGUUGAGCAAAUGAGUCGUGAUCUGCGCAUGAUGGUCGUUGGUGGAGGCUCUGAGGAAAUCAUAUCUGAUUUGGCCGUCCGGCAGGAAACAAUUCUAGCGCGGAGGAGAGGUUGGAAGCUGUAGCGAGAAUGUUUGAUGAGAAUGAGAAGUCUCGGCGUCUGAACUUAGCGGGCGUGUGACUUUGGUGAGCAUCAAUCUUGACACUGAACAGCUUGUUGGAAGAGAUUGUUGUUGAAAAGACAUUCGGCGCGAUACAACCCCUCAGGCGUGCAUCUCCUCAAUUUCGCGACACCUCGGUCGCAAUGGUCAAUCUGUGCUCAAUGAAAAUUAAGCGGAUGUUUGACGCUCGUUGCGUGGCGUACUUAUCGUGCCUCCGAGCAUGUUACAUACGGCGGCGGAGUAGUACAUGCAAUUUAGGCGACUGGCUGCAUCUGGCCUUCGAACAUAUCGUCGAUGCCGUCCUGCUCUUCGAUGUCGAUUUCGUCGUCCUCACUCUCAAUUUCCUCGUCGCCUUCGUCCUCUUCUUCGAAGCCAGUCUCAAGAGAUAGAUCACGUAAGCGUUCCUUCAGCUCUUCACGCCGUUCCUCUU